CUUGCCUAACAGCGCAGAUGUACACCCCCCAUCGCCUAUCAAGAAUGGCAAUGAGCUCUUGUGUGACCAAAUCCUUGCCUUUCCUCGUCGCCCCAUCGGAGGCGACGCCGGCCAGCGCCCUCCGGCUGACCUCCAUGGACCGCGCUCUGGCGUCCCUGCCCAUGGCAGGGCUGUUCGUCUUCGAGCACCCCAUCGAUCAGCCGGCCGAGACCCUAAGGCAAGCUCUUUCCCGGCUGGUUCCCUACUACCCCGUCGCCGGGCGCGUCACUGCCGGGGCACAUGGCCUGAGCAUCGCGUGCACGGAUGAGGGCGUGGUGUUCGUGGCCGCGUCCGCGAGAUGCACCCUGCGCGACGCCAGGCUCUCGGAUCAGCGUCCGGCGAUCCCCGUGGAGUACCUCACCGUCACCUACGCCGGGCUGUACAACAAGGACCCGCCGCUGCUGCUUAUGCAAGUGACCGAGUUCUCCUGCGGCGGCUUCGUCGUGGGGGUGACGUGGAACCACGUCGUCGCCGACGGCGUCGGCAUGGCGCAGUUCUUGCAGGCCGUCGGCGAGUUCGCCCGGGGGUUCUCGUCGCCGUCAGUCCAACCGGUGAGGGUGGAUAACUUCCUCCCGGAACUCCCGCUGCCGAUCAUCACCAUGACCAGGUCGAUGGUCAGCAGCAAGCACACCGACUUCCCAAGCUCCUACAUCACCAUGCCCAUGAGCUUCGUCAACCGCAUCAAGGACGAGUUCCGUCGCAGUGGCCCGCAGGGUGACCAGAAGAAGGCGGCGGCGGCGGCGGCGACAUGCACGACGUUCGACGUAUUCGCCGCCGCCAUAUGGAGGUCCCGUGCCCGCGCGACAAUAGCCGGCGCCGCCAGCCAGGACGCCCCCACGGCGCUCGCCUUCACGGUGAACCUGAGGAAGCAGGCCGGGGCCAAGGACGGCUACUACGGCAACGUCUUCGCCUUCGGCCUCGCCGCGGCGACGCUGCGCGAGGUUGCCGACGGGGACAUCCUUGACCUCAUGAGGCUGAUCAGGGACGCCAAGGCGCGGGUCCCGUACACCUUCACGGACGGAGCUGCGUACAUCGGCGACGAGAUGGGCGGCCGGCUGCAGGGCCUGGACGGGUACGACACCCUGUACGUGACCAGCUGGUGGAAUCUCGGCUUCGAUGACGUCGACUUUGGCGGUGGCGGGCCUGCGCGCGUCAUGGGGAACAUGGAGCGCAAGGUGGUGCCCGGAUGCAUCCUGUGCGGAAGGAAGGACAAGGCCGAUGGUGUCGCCGCCAUGGCGUUCUGCGUCAAGCAGGAGCACGCGGAGGCCUUCCAUGAAGAGUUAGGCAGGCUCAAAUGAUGACAUGCGUAUGAGAAUGGAUUUUUUUUUGAGGGUGGCGUAUGAGAAUGGAUGUGUGUUCCAGUGUUCCUGCAACGAGCAGGGCCGUCUCCAGGAUUUGGAGGCCCGGGUGCGAAACACAAAUGGGCCCAAAAUCAUAUCUAAUAGAAACAAGACAUGUACUUUCACUAAAUAAUAUAACUUCAA